AUGAGAGUGAACUUUGAUAGUGCUCUGAGGAAAGAAAAUUAUGAACUAAGUUCAUCUCCAUCUGGCAUUGGUAAAAUCGGUGAAAAUGUGGUCUUGCCAUGUCACAUCUCUCUUGGAAAACAACCCCAAAAUACGGAAGUGCAUUGGAAAAAAAUUGGCGACAAUCAUGUGAAUAACAUCUACCAGUUCAAAGCUCUCACUGACCAGGAAAUAUUUGGGCAAGGCUACCGUGACAGGGCCGUGUUGACAAAGAAUGGAAUGGCAUCUGGAAACGUGUCCUUGAUGCUAAAGAAGGUUCAAGUCAGUGAUGAAGGAACCUACAGUUGCAUUGUGAAGUCCAUCGAUUGGACUGCCGACACCCAAACAAUCCUUCAUGUUGCAGCUGUGGGCAAUGUGUCCAUUGAGAUUUUGGGUCCAGAAGGUGAUGGGAUCAAAGUGGCUUGCAGAUCUGCUGGAUGGUUCCCCAAACCUGAACUUCAUUGGUUAGCAAAAAACUGGCAGAACUACCAUCAGUGUGAAUCAAAGCAGGAUCAUGAGCAGCUUUUCAGUGUUUCAAGCGAUAUCACCAUCCUGAGAGAUACAGGAGAAAUAACCUGCUUGGUCCAUGAAAGCCGUUUACAGAUGAAGCAGAACUUCACCUUCUUCCUUUCACGAAAUGUUUUCCCAUAUACUUCUCCCUGGCUCCCUGCAUUCUGGAUCUUGUUUAUCCUGGCAUUUCUAGGUGUUGCAGUAGUAGCAUAUGGCAAAUUUAAAGAGUCCAAGAAGAAACAUCUUGAAGAGGAGGAAAAAAUGCUUCAAGAAUGCCAGGCAAGGGUCAUUGAAUCAGAAACCCAGGACCUGCGGAGGAUGCUUGAGUUUAGGAAGGCUCGAAGCUACCUAGUUCACAUCCAGUUGGAUCCAAAUUGUAAACACAGUGAACUUUCAGUGUCUUCAGACUGCAGCAGCGUCCAUCAUCAAUGUCCAUCUCCAGGACCAGCUGUCAUGCCUAAUGCACUGAUCAUAGUGGGAACAGAGGGGUUUGAGAAUGGCAGCCAGUACUGGGAGGUGAAGGUAGAGGAUAAGCCAAACUGGGAACUUGGGGUGCUGACAGAAGGCACAAGGAACCAACUGAAAGCAGGAAAGCUUGAUGCACCCAAAGAAGAUCAACACUGGUCUCUGAGAAAAUUAGAUGGGAUAUAUCGCCCCAAGGAGGCUGAUUGUGCACUCCAAGGAAAUAGCUUACAGCUUCGAGUGGUUGGGAUUUAUCUGGACAGGAUUGACAGUUAUGUUUCAUUCUAUGAUGUCAAAGGCACGAAAGCUAUUGUGAGCAUUCCUGUCAAUACAUCUGGGAAGCUGUAUCCAUUCUUCAGCCCUGGUUGUUCUGAUGGGGGUGACAGUGAGACGCCCCUCACCAUCUGCCAAGACAAAGGCUGGGAUUUCCCUGAACAACUAGAGGCCAUUCCGAAAUAG